UAACGAUCUAUUUUUACAUUAAAAAAGAAUUUGACUGCAAUCACAAAGUUCUCGAACCCUCUUUUACCACAUUUCUUGAACAUCCUUAAUCGGAUCUUUACUAUUGGUGCCAAAAAAGGUUAUAACUGUAAUUUCUUAUCUUUUCUUGAUGAUUAAAAUUAAUACACACUUGUAACUUGUUAAUUUGAUGGUCGGCAAGUAAUGGUAGAUUUUUUAAGCGACUAAAUUCCCAAAGUCGGAGCAAAUUACUAACGCCGACCGCCAUGGCCUCCUCUUCUUCCUCCACCUCAUCUCCGCCACCGUCGCAUCUAAACCCUGUAAAUAGAAAUAGAUUCACUCCCAGAAUUUUUCUUCCGGCGGGAUGGCUUCAACACUUUCACAAAGUCCACAUCACUGCGUUUCACCUUCUCAUUCUUCUCUUUCUGAUCUGUCCAACCACUAUUGCUGCCGCCGAGACCAAGAACCAUCGGAAUUCUUACUCUCUGUACUGCAACGACGUCGUCCCGGAGUCCCCUUCAUCGCCCACUCCACUCACCGACCCCAUCGUCCUCACUAUCUGGCAUGCCCAGUUCACCGACUCGGCCGGAAGAACCCAGAUUACCCCUUCCCGGGUCACCUCCCCUAAUCAAGUCUUUUUCAGGUCCUCCAGAGCUUACAAGACGCCGAACGACGGCGUUUUCAAGUUCGAUGCCGCAAUUACUCUCCGGCGAUAUCGGUUCCCGGGGCAUCCUCUGAAUACCACUCGCCGUGGACUUCGGCUGGUCCAUUACCGACCGCCCCGGAUCCCGGUGGACUCUUCGUACUACCGUUCGGGGUCUCAUGACUUUACCUUGAGUGGGUUUUGGAAUUCUACAUCCGGGAAGCUGUGCAUGGUGGGUUCGGGUUUUGAAGGGAGGUAUGGCUCUCUUUUCAGUGUUUUCAAGCUUCAUUAUCCCGAUAAAUCGGACAUCUUUAAUACUUUUAUUAAUGGCACGUUGGACAUCUACAAUGCUGGUGGCGAUCAUGUUGAAACUUUGGUAAUAUUAGGUGUGAAUUUGAGGAAUUAUGAGUUUCAGUUGAUCAGUAAAGCAAUGGAAGAAAAUUCUUUUCAGCCUUGUGAUAAUGUGUCAAAUGUCUCAUUAACAUUAGAGAGGGCAAAUGAACUGUGCCUGCUAAUUCAUAAAGCUGGCGUUUUUGAAUUGGAGUACAAAGAUGAUUGUGACCGCGUGAACUGUGAUAUUCUUCAGAGUGGGAGAUCCAAUGUGACGUUACCUAGCAGCGUGUUUUUCAAUGAAGUAGAGUGUUGGGAGAGUGGUUUUGUGAGGUAUUUGUUGGGCUUUAUGAGCAAUGGUGCUAGGUCAAAUUUCAAUCCCAAUGCCACUGUAACUGCCGAGGGGAAGUGGGAGCAUGAUAAGAGAAGACUUGACAUGGUCGCUUGUCGAAUGUUAGAUGGCAAGGGUACAGUUGGUGAUUGCUCAAUCCGGUUGAGUUUGAGGCUGCCUAUGUUCUAUAAUUUGAGGGGGAGGGACUUUAUUGUUGGGGAGAUAUGGAGCAGUAGAAGGCAAGAUGAGACUGGUUAUUUUGGUAGGGUUAAAUUUCGGAGUAGGAUCAACAGAGAUUUGAGACAUGACGGGGUGCAGUAUGAAUAUACUGAGAUUGAGAAAGUUAAGCAAUCUUAUGCACAGAAGAUGAUAACUAGAGGCAAAGGGGGGAACUUUCCCGAGGCAACAUCACGCGAUAUGAGAUUUAACAUGUUGGUAAGAACCCAGAAUGGACACGUAUUUGGUUUUGCUUCCCCGCUGUUUGUGGAUGAUAAAUCUUUUACGCCUGAUGGAGUGUUUGGACAGGUUGAAUCAAGAGGCCGGCAUAUUAAAAAGAGCCCAAGUAAUUUGGUUAAUAUCAGCUAUGAGUUAAGCUUUAGGCCACUGGAUGGGUUGAACAUUACCGAACUACCUCAAUUUAGUUCAGUGAGAAUUUCUGCCGAGGGCAUAUAUAAUUCCAAAACAGGGCAACUUUACAUGGUUGGCUGCAUGCGUGUUCCAGUACCUUAUGCUAAGUUUGGCAGAAAUGCUUCUCUAGAUUGUGAAAUUUUUGUGGAAAUGCAGUAUCCACCACUGGAAGCAAAGGGGGGAUCUACCAUUAAAGGAACCAUAAAAAGCACAAGAAUGAAAUCUGAUCCUCUUUAUUUUGAGCCAUUGCAGAUUUCUUCGCACUCCCUUUAUUAUAAUCAAGUUAAAGAGUCAAUUUGGAGGAUGGACCUGGAGAUGACAAUGGUUCUUGUUUCCAACACACUGGCAUGUAUCUUUGUUGGAUUGCAGUUAUAUUAUGUGCAAAAGCAUCCAGAAAUGCUCCCUUUCAUUUCCAUAAUUAUGCUGACUGUACUGACCCUGGCGCACAUGAUUCCUCUGUUGCUGAACUUUGAAGCACUUUUCUUGUCAAAUCGCAAACAGAAUGUAUAUCUUGGUACUGACGGUUGGAUUGAAGUUAAUGAGGUGUUAGUAAGAGUGAUUACAAUGGUCGCUUUCUUGUUAGAGUUCCGUUUGCUUCAACUGACUUGGUCUGCAAAAACCAAGAUUGAAGGGCAGAAAAGCCUGUGGAUUUCUGAAAAGAAGGUUCUAUUUUUGUGCUUGCCGUUGUACUUAGGUGGCGGUUUGAUUGCCUGGUUUGCUCAUCUUGCAUCAAAACCUCAUGGAAGGACACUGAUGGUGUUACGCCCGGUACUACAACAACGACAGUCCUUUUGGGGCGGGUUCAAGGCGUAUGCUGGUUUGAUACGGGAUGGAUUCUUGAUCCCUCAGAUUCUGUUCAAUUCAUUCUGUGACAACAAAGAGAGGUCUCUUGCUCCCUCAUUUUACCUUGGGACUUCUUUGGUUCGGAUGUUACCGCAUGUGUAUGAUCUUUACAGGGCUCACAGUUCGACAUUUUCGGUCCGCAUGAUUUAUGGUAAUCCGAAAAUGGAUUACUACUCCACUGCCUGGGAUAUUGUAAUAUGCAUUCUCGGAUUCCUGUUUGCGUUCCUUAUUUACUUGCAGCAAAGGUUUGGUGGGCGCUGCUUUCUCCCCAAGAGAUUCAAGCAAAACAUAGUGUAUGAAAAAGUGCCUGUAGUUGGCAUUGAUACCUAGUAGUCUGCGUAUAAGAUGGAUUGAUAUUUUAAUAUGUUAAUGUCUUGCAAAAUGUUAAUACUUCAGGGCAGAUAGCACCUUCAUAUUAUAAAUAUUACACAUUUGUCUUUAGGAGCUUUUGAUUUAUUAGGCCCAAAGCUUGGGGUUUGAAAGAUUGAGUAGGCAAAUAUACCCAUGCAUUUCAUUGUAUAGCAAAUUCUUCUUGAACUGUUCUUUUGGCAAUUUUUCCAUUUGUGUUUGGUGCAGUAGAAUUGCAAUACAUAACUCAAUAGUUUAAGAUUAUUUUGGUGCAUCCAUGAAUGUUUUCUUCCCUUCUAGUUCUAGACCUUGGUUCCUACCCGACAAUUUGUUUCCUCUUAUUUGGCCAGAUUAUGUUUUGGAGAUUGUUUGUACCCUUAUUUGGACCAAAAUAAGCUGAGUGGAUUCCUUGAUGGUCGUGUUAAGCUCAUGAAUUAAAUACUUUCUGUCCC